AUGCCGAAGAGAAAGUCUCCAGAGAAUCCAGAGGGCAAGGAUGGAUCCAAAGUAACUAAACAGGAGCCCACCAGAUGGUCUGCCAGGCUGUCAGCGAAAGCUGCUGCCCCCAAACCUGAACCUAAACCAAGAAAAACAUCUGCUAAGGCCCUUAUCCUGUGCAUAGAUCCUCACAUGAGCCCUACUGAGAAAGAACUGGCAACAAAGGUUAAAAAAGGUGCUAAAGGGAAGAAGGAGGAAAAGCAAGAAGCUGGAAAGGAAGGCACAGAAAACUGAAUCUGUAAACGAAAGAGAAUGAUUUGUCAUGAAAAUUGGGGUUGAUUUUAUGUACCUCUUUGGACAACUUUUAAAAGCUAUUUUUACCGAGUAUUUUGUAAAUGCUAAUUUUUUAGGACUCUACUAGUUGGCAUACAAAAAUAUAUAAGGAUGGACAUUUUACCUUCUCAUAGUCAUGAUUUUUUGAGAUUCCCAUCAUCCUUGAGUAAAAUAAAUACCAAUUUAGUAUAGGAAGCUGUCUGUAAAAUUGAUUCACCAUUCCAUGCACUUGCUUUAAAAAUUUAGUCCUGUGCAUACUGUGGUGUUUUUACUGUGUAUUUGAAUUUUUUCAUGCAGUUCUUCUAGAGCAAUAAUCAGUGGUGCUUUUGUACCUAGGUUUUAUGUGAUUUUAAUGAAACAUGGAUAGUUGUGGCCACCUGCUGACUAUUUGUGGUUUAAAAUAAAAGGUUUUCCUGUCUGCAAAAAAAAAGUAAAUAAAAUAAAAUAAAAUCAGUUUGUCUAAGUAAAAUAAAUUAGAAUAAGUAUACAAUAAUGGCUGACAUAUAAGAGGUUACUUAUAUGCUUUUCAAAGAUUAUCUCAUUUAAUUCUCAGAACAACUCUUUUAAAUGGUACUUUAUUAGUGCCCAUUCUUGAAGAUGAAGAAAUUGAUGGACAGAGAGGUUAAAUAAUUUAUUCAAAGUUACAUAUUCAGGGAGAAUUAGAGUUACGAUUUCAAACCAAGUGGUUUGACUCCAUAUUCAGGGAGAAUUAGAGUUAUGAUUUCAAACCAAGUGGUUUGAUUCCAGUGCCUAUGAACCUAACCCUAGGAUAAAAUGCUCCAAACUUUAUUUUCCCCCAGUUCACGAAUUCAACAGUAUUUAUUCAGCACCUAAUGAUGUUCCAGAUAUUGUUCUGGUGCUGGGGCAAUAGCAGUAGACAAAACAAGUUUCCUGCAUUCAUGGAGUUGACGUUCAAAUGGGAGGAAAUAACCAAAACAUGGAUCCUUAACAUGUUAGGUGGUACAGAAUGCUACAAAGAAAAUAUAAAGUAUGGCUGGGGGUAGAGAGUGAGUUUGUCAGACAGGUCUUAGCAACUUUAAAAACACUAAAACAGCAGUUUUCUUCACUACCUAAAGUGUAAGAGCAGUUUGGGCUAUAAACUAUACAAUAUGGAGGAAGUCCCAAAUUAUAGUUUUCAUUAUUUAAUGACCCAUUAUACAUUGCAUUAGAUAUCAUUAUGUUCAAUCAGUCAUGCAUUCAUUGAUUCAAUGACGGUAUACAUACAAAAUAGAAAUAUAGUGUUGAGUGAGACAAGUCCUCAGGCCUACGGAUUUUACAGUCCAGUAUUUUACCCAGCUACAUGAUAAUGUAAAUAAUGUUUGUUCCUAUUUAAGUAUCCCUUAAACAUUAUAGAUCUACUAAAGAAAAUUAAGCACAAAUCUCUUUUGAAAAUUAAUUUGGCCAAGUAAAAUGAAUAGGAAUAUGUAGAUAAUGGCUAACAUUUGAGGGCUUGCUAUUUGCUAAAAAUUGUUGUAUGUAUUUUGCAUGUUUUAUGUGUAUCUUAUUUUGUUCUCAUGGCAAUCUAAGAGACAGUCACUUUUAUUAUCUUACGUUACAGAGAAGGAAACUGUGGGUAAAGAAAUUAAAUAUCUUUCCCAAGGUCACACAAUUGGCAGUAGAGCCUGGAUUUGAACCUGAGUUCUUCUGAACUUAUAUUUUUAAUUGUUAUGAUGAUGAUCGAAGCUCAAAGUAUGGUCUCCACAUUAGAAUCAUCAGAGUUUCUUGUUAAAAAAGCAGAUUCUCAAGCCUCAUCUCAGACCUACUGAUCCAGACUGAGUGGAGUCCAGUGAAAUUCAGGGGUUACUUACUUUGUUUGAGAAUCACUGAAAUGUGCUAAGCUACCUCUCUUCUCGCUGAUGGAAACCAUCUCCUAUUAUGUAAAUGUAAAGUAACAUUUCUAUUGCAAACCUGUAGUGGUAACACAGUCUGGAAGAUAAUUUCCCAAGGAAUAUACUAUUGAUGAGACUGUAACAAGGAUGUGGGGUACUGGAUUGAUGUGUUAAUUGGAGUUGGGGAAGGCUUGUGGUUCAUUGGUUUCAGAGGAUCUCCAGAAUUUCUGAUCUGAAUUAACUCCCUUAAUUUAAUAAAAAUUUUUUUUUGUGUGUAGGGAGUACAUGCCCCACUGGGCUUCUAGGCUACCUGGCUGCUAGCUAGAGAAAUUAGGUCCUAUGUUGUACUUGACAACAUUAAAAUUGUUUUAAUCAUUUUUACUGAGCACAGGAAAUGUUUUAAAUUCAAAACUUUACAGAAAAUAAAUUUUAGUGAUUA